AUGAGCCAAAUCAAAAUCGCCGACUCUCCGAUUACUGGAAAAGCAGAUGACGGUGCCGUACGUUCAAGGCGCUACGAUUCCCACUCUCUACACCCUUCGACUCCUGGUAUCGCACUUCUUGCAUUCAUAGGCAACCUAGCUUGUUGGAUCAUUACAGGCGCCAUCGGCUACGCCGCACCCCCUUGUCUAGCUAUUGAUGAUUGGACGUGUAUGACCAUGGUUUUUUUUGUGCCUCAAGGACUCGCAACGGUAUACCUCAUCUCUAUCGCUUUGGAGAAGGGUUGGAUGUCUGCAACACCAAGCCUGAACGCAGGCAUUGUCGGCUUUAGCAUUGCUGUCGUGUACACUACGUGUUGGGCUACUUGGGGGAAUUUUGCGACACGUGUAUUCUGGAUUGAGGCAGAUGUCUACCUCUCCCUUGCCCUCGAGGCUAAGCUUGGGGUCUUCGAAGCUUCAGAGCGAAGAAUAGGCACAUUGCUGGACUUGUAA